CCCGCUCCCCCAUCCCCUCGCCCCCUCUCUCUGUACCGUGCGCCCUCUUCCCGAUUCGCUCGAUUCGCGCGCGGCCGCGGCGUGCCAGGGUUUCGCUUUAGGAGGCGCCGUUCUCGGAUCCGCCGAACCUUGCCGCCGGCCUUCGGUUCGGUUCGGUUCUGUUCUGUUCUACUCUGUCGCCUCCAGAGGUAGCAGCGAUUGGUGUGGCGUGUACGUUUGUGAAUAUCACGGAAUACGCGUUUCUCGCCGAGUUCUUCCUCUAGUACAGUGCAUCUUGGCGAUUUCUGCAGCUGUGACUGGGUAAACGACUGGCCCGGCUGUGUAACGGAAACGCUCUGCUCGCUGCUUCGUCCUGGAUUCAGACCGGAUGGAUCAAUUUACUCAUCUGGAUUAGCUACUAGAUCGAUGUUGAUCCCUGACCAGGGGAACCGAUUACAGAGGAUUUUGUGGAGCCAAGUCUUAAGCUGCUGUCUUGUUGUUCUAGGACAGAAGCUAUUGCUCUGUUUUUUUUUGCUGAAAUUACACUGAGCUAGGAUUUUUUCCCCUUCUGUUAACUUGUCAUUUACAUAGUCAGAUGGCCUUUCUAGAGGCUGAAAGAAUAAUAGCACCUGCAUUUUUUUCGCUUGCGUGUGUAAUUUUUAUUAAGAAAGCACUGACAUAGUGCAAAUGAGAAUAAACGGAUAUUGGCAAAAACAAAAACAAAACUACCAUCCUCACUGAAUCCCUAGCUAACCUAGAUCUAGCACAAUAUGAGAACAAAGGAACCGAGGCCUAAGGCCAACUCCACCACGCGACCCCAAAUGGGCGUCUGUUUUGCACGGAAAUCGUCCGCUUGGGGUGGGAAUGAGGUGACCGAUGUCCGUGUCGGACCGACCCAGCAUGGUGCCCAGCGCGUCUGCCCCAUCCCAAAAAUGCAUCCAGCUUUGUCCGGCCUAGACAUUUCAUCAAACACUGCACGAGCACAUGGCCGGGUUCGCCGUACUGGACCGUGCGGCCACCUCGCGGCACACUCACCUGCGCCUGCGCCUGCCCCCUGCCGCAGCUCGCCAGCCCACCCCCGCGCGAGCUUGCCGGGGCUGCCGAGGCGCACGUUCCGGCCGUCCCUCGCCCUCGCCGCAGCCCGUGUGCACCCGCCGUCGCCUGCGCGCUUGCGCCGCAGCUCGCCCGGCCACCGCGAGCUCGGCCCGCCCUGCUCCGCGCGCACUCGCUCCCCGCGAGGUCGGCCCGCCCUGUAGCAGCUCGCCGCCCGCGUGGCAGUCUGCCUCCGUCGCGUCCUGCAGCAGCUCGCGCUCGCCUGCUCGCCCUCGCGUUCGCAUGCUCGCUGUGACCGCAGCUGCCGCGCCCGCUCGCCACCCACCGUGCCCACCGCCACGCCCCUGCGCCUCCUCGCGCGCCCACAGCUGCCGCUCGCCACCCGCCGCGCCCUGUCGCACGCAUGGGAGCAGCGCCGCCCUCUCCCGCGCCGCCGCUCGUGUGCACGCCCCGUCGCCCGUGCGCUCGCCUUCGCGCCCGCGCGUGCCUGCCUUGCCGCGCUUGCCGCCCGGCAGCCCCGCGCCCGCGCGCACUCGCCGCUUGCCUGCUCCACGUGGUGUCCUGCUUCGGCCGCCACCCGUGCCCGCGCCAUGCUCCGGCCGCCGUGCUAGUGCCCUGCUCCGGCCGACGCCGCGCCACUCCGGUCGAGUGGCUGGGCGUGCUCGUGCCCUGCUCCGGCGGCAUCGACGAGGUGUGCAAGGAACAGUGGAAAUGGUGGAGAGAGUGGGGAUGGGUGGGUGGGUGGGUGGGUCCGUCUGGUUUCAAUUACAGGUGGGGCAGACCCAUGUGCAGACGGACACAACGGACAGUAGGGACGCAUAAAACGUCUGGCUCUUGUCCGCUUUGAACCCAAAGCGAGACCAACUUUGGUCCAGGGAUGGGGUGAACCGGACAUGAAACGGACAAAAAAAUAAAAUGGGGUCUGCCGCUGGGUUGUCUGGUAUGUCCGUUUUACCCUAAACGGACAACCCCGGACAAGAUAGGGUAGCGCGGUGGAGAUGGCCUAAGGCACCCCGAGUGCCAACUGGCAGCCGCACCAGAGCCCACGAAAGCUCACAACCAAACUGCUGCUGGAGCAACACAGGGACAUGACCUCCGAGUUAUGAGUGGACGUACUCCCACCCAUGUAGGCAGAUCUUCAGCAAGCCUAGGAUCAGAGUAGGUGAGCAGACGCUGCCAAACACUCAUUGCAGUGACAGUAAACUCACCUUGCCCAGCCUCCAGCCAAGAAUUGCGAAGAGGAGGAGCACAGGGCUUAAAAGAUCGUGUCGCAACUGCUGCCCCACACCCCAAAACAAAACCGUGGAACCAACGCUUGCCGCCUUUGUUAGGGAUAAAGCUCAACAAUGAAUUUAGUUUGAUUACACCCCUCUCUGUUAUCUGGGCUUUUUUUGGUUAUCCUAUCCUUCACUUAAUUCCUGAUACAGGUGGGACUGAAUCUAUUAUCUUAGCAGUUUAUUAAUAAAUUCGUCAGCAGACUAGGCAGUUCAUUGGUGCUAGCUUCCUAGCCCCCUUAAUUAUAAUAUGCAUCCCUGUUCCUUCGAAAAUAGUGAAGCAGCCUGCAGUAGUGUAGCUGUACGAAAAUCACAUCUGCCUUAAUGUAUGCAGUCAUGUUUUUAUGCCAUUCUGACUUGUCCACUGGGACUUCUCUCCUGUGAUGUCUGUUUCAGUUCUGCAAAAAACCAUUCAGUAGUGUGGGAAUGUGGAUCAUUAGCAAGGAAACCAUGCUUUAGUUCAGACUUCAGAGAUAUUUGCCUUUGCUUCAAUAGGCUAGUAGUUUGCUCUGUCAUUCUUGAGGGUACAGAUAUUGCUAUAUGUUCAUUCUUGAGGGUACAGACUUGCUAAACUAUUUAUGAUUUUUGUUG